AUGUCCCCACUACUCAAGGACUAUCUGAAUCAAAGGGUUGUUAUUAUAACCACGGAUGGUCAAUGCCUAUUGGCUACAUUGUCAGGUUUCGACAAAUCUAUUAAUCUUUUACUCUCUGACGUGAAAGAAAGAUUUACUCAAUCAAGCAUUGCUGGUGCAUAUGUCCUUCAAGGCUCUCAGGUGGUAUGCUGUGGGCCAUUUGAGGAUUCUGGGAGUGAUUCCACUGAGGAAGUUGCCCAAUUGCAAAAUACGAAGAAUAUAGUUGACAGGGAACAUGAAAUAUGGAAGGAAGUAUGGAGAACUGAGCAUGGCGAUGCACUGUAA